AUGAAGUUCUUCGAUGUUGCCGUCACAUUCACCGCAGACCAAUUCCAAGGGAUCUACCGCGGAAAACAAUAUCAUGACCCCGACUUCGCAGAAGUCCUGAAAAGAGCCCGCGAACAUGGAUGUGAGAAGAUCAUGCUCACCACCAUGACUCUGGAGGGCGCAAAACAAAACCUACAGGCCGUAAAGGAAUUCCCCGACAUGUGCAAAAUGACUCUUGGCGUGCAUCCCUACCACGCCGCCGAGAUCUAUGAACAGCCGGAAUGUCAAUAUCUCAAUCAGCUCCGCGAACUGGGAGAGACGCUCCUCGCUCAGAACCCAUCGCCCCUGGCUGCAUUUGGCGAAAUCGGGUUGGACUACGAGUACCUGGAACGGGCGGAUAAAGAAACCCAGCAACGCGCGUUCCGUGAGCAACUAGAACUAGCUGUACAUUUCCAAUUGCCGCUUUUCCUGCAUGUCCGCGAAUCAGCCGACGAUUUCAUUUCCAUCAUUAAGCCUUUCCUGCCAAGACUGCCGCGUGGUGGGUUGGUGCAUUCCUUUGCGGGGACGAAGGGGGAGAUGCUGCAGCUCGUGGAACUGGGUCUUGAAAUCAGUGUCAAUGGGAUCUCGUUCCGAACGGAUGAACAGUUGGAAAUGGUGAAACAUAUCCCACUGGAUAAGUUACAGCUGGAGACUGAUGCUCCAUGGUGCGAGGUUCUGGGGAAUGACCCGAAAAUCGCGAGUUACUUGCAAACUGCGAAACCUUUGCCGCCGAGUCGGAAACACAAUAAAUUUAUCUUGGGGCAAAUGGUCAAGACUCGUAAUGAGAGUUGUUUUAUGGAGCGUGUGGGAUUAGUGGUGGCGGGUUUGCAGGGUGUUGCUAUGGAAGAGCUGGCGGAGGCCGCAUGGAGUAAUAGUUGUCGCAUGUUUUGGCCCUGA